AUGUUGAGAUUCCAAGAAGUAGUUAAAUGUGGUCCUCCUCUUGCAACUAUUUCUACUGGCUCGAAGACAUUAAUUGCAGGAAGAUACAGUAUUCAGCAAAAACUUGGACAUGGAAGCUUUGGAACUGUCUACUUAGUUUCUGAUAAAAGAACAAAAGAAGAAGAACAAUUGAAAGUUUUAAAAGAAAUCUCUGUGGGGAACCUCAAGCCCAAUGAAACAGUUGAAGCCAACUUAGAAGCAAAGUUGUUGUCCAGGCUAGACCAUCCAGCUAUUGUCAAAUUUUAUACCAGCUUUGUAGAAGGAGAGAGUUUUUGCAUUAUUACUGAAUACUGUGAGGGUCGAGACCUUGACUUUAAAAUUCAAGAGUAUAAAGCUACUGGCAACACAUUUUCUGAAAGCCAAAUAAUAGAAUGGUUUAUACAGUUGUUACUUGGAGUCAACUACAUGCAUGAAAGGAGAAUACUUCACAGAGAUUUGAAGGCUAAGAAUAUUUUUUUGAAAAAUAACCUGGUUAAAAUUGGGGACUUUGGAGUUUCUCGUCUCUUGAUGGGAUCUUGUGAUUUAGCAACUACUUUUACUGGGACCCCUUUCUACAUGAGCCCAGAGGCACUGCAGCACCAGGGUUACAACACAAAAUCAGACAUUUGGUCCCUUGGAUGCAUUUUGUAUGAGAUGUGCUGUUUGGAUCAUGUGUUUGCUGGUCACAAUUUUUUAUCUGUUGUUCUAAAAAUUGUGGAAAGUGAAACCCCCUCUCUUCCAGAUACCUAUGCAAGAGAACUAGAUGCACUGCUGCACAGCAUGCUGAGCAAGGACCCUUCACUGAGGCCAUCAGCUGCAGAGAUUUUACAUGUUCCAUAUAUUGAUCAUCAGUUACAGAUUAUGAAGUAUAAAUUCACAAAUAUGACUAGGAAAGACUGUAUACUUGAGUCUCAGGAAGAAGCCAUUGAUAUCAUGAAUGCUGUGCAGAAAAAGAUACACCUCCAAACUCUAAAAGCCCUAUCUGAAGUGCAAAAAAUGACACCACGUGAACGAAUGAGGCUGCGGAAAUUACAUAUUGCUGAUGAAGCAGGACAGAAGUUAAAACAGCUGGCGGAAGAAAAAUAUCAAGAAAAUCUCAAAAGAAUGCAAGAGCUUAGAUCCCGUAACUUUCACCAAGUUAAUAUAGAUGUACUUCAUGAAUCUGAUUCUCAGACUGAAGAACAUCUGAUUAAGUCUCAAGCAGUCACCACAUUGGACUAUCUAUCCAUAGGGCCCAGUGACCAAAGAGGCAGUGAUACAGCAGGCGGACUUAGUAUGUCUGAUCCAGUGGAAAAUAAAAUCCCUGAAGAUCCACGUCUCGCAGAAGAGUAUUACAAUGAUGUGUUUGAUUCAUGCUCAGAAACAAGUGAGGAGGAGGAGGAGGAAGAGGAGGAGGAGGCGGCGGCGGCAGUGGCGGCGGCUGAACUGGAAGAAAUGAAGACAUCACAAACUGUGUGUAAAACAAAUCAGCAGGAUAGUGAUGUUGAAGCAAUGGUCAAGUUUAUGGAGAACAUCCUAAAUACCAGUUCUUUAGGUACUGGAACUGUCACCAGUGUGACUCUGCUGGGACGUGAGAGAUCGAGAGCUUUCAACAGCACCAUGGCGACAACCAAACUGAGACGAAUGAGGGAGUCAGCCAUUCAGAAACUGGGAACAGAAGUUUUUGAAAAAGUUUAUGAGUUCCUCCGGCAAGCAAGACAGGCAAAUGCAAAUGAAGAUGAAAUCAAAGAAUACCUGGAAAAGAUAGUAUCCCGGGCAAGUGACUGUUUUGAAGUAGAUCAGCUGCUCUAUUUUGAAGAACAGCUACAGGCUUCAGAAGAUUCUGCAUAA